GGCCCCUCUCGCAGGGCGCUUCCGGCCUAGGCCCCGCUUGGGCGGCAGUUCCGGGCAUGGCCGGCCUGUCCGACGCCGAGCUCGACAGGGAGCUGCGGGCCCUGGGCUUCCAGCCGGGGCCUAUCACCGACUCCACCCGCGAGCUCUACGCCAAGAAGCUGAGCCGCCUGCGGGCGCAGAGGGCGCCUGGGCCCCGGCCGGGGGAGACAGCGGCCCGCAGCCUGGCCGGCCUGGCCGACGCCGAGCUCGGCAGCGAGCUGCGGGCCCUGGGCUUCCAGCCGGGGCCUAUCACCGACUCCACCCGCGAGCUCUACGCCAAGAAGCUGAGCCGCCUGCGGGCGGAGGCGGCGGCCGGCCGGAGGAGCCAGAGCGCAGGCGGUGCCCCCAGGCCUGAGCCGGCCUCGGCCUCCGGCCCUCGCCGCCACCUCAGCCCCCUGGCCCACCGGGCCCAUAGCCAGGGCCGUAGGGAGAGUGAGGAGGAGGAGGAGCCCCCCCACAGGGAUGUAACAGGGGGGCUAAACCCUUGGGCCCUUCUGGGGAAGACAGCAGCCCCCGGGGGGCUUGCCCCCAGCCCCCAGUGGGGGGCAGAAAGGGGGUUCAACCCCAGCUCCCAAUGCGGGACAAGAGAUGUCAGGUUAGCCCCCAGGCCCCAGUGGGAGAUAGAAAGAGAGUUAGCCCCCAGCACCCAGCGGGGGACGAGGGAUGUGGGGUUAGCCCCCAGCACCCAGCGGGGGACGAGGGAUGUGGGGUUAGCCCCCAGCACCCAGCGGGGGACGAGGGAUGUGGGGUUAGCCCCCAGCACCCAGCGGGGGACGAGGGAUGUGGGGUUAGCCCCCAGCACCCAGUGGGGGAUGGAAAGGAGGUUAACCCCCAGCACCCAGUGGCGGACAAGAGAUGGGGGACUAACCCCCAGCACCCAGUGGGGGACGGAAAGGAGGCUAACCCCCAGCACCCAGUGGCGGACAAGAGAUGGGGGCUUAACCCCCAGCACCCAGGGAGGGACAGCAACAGUAGUAGGGGGAUUAAUCCGCAGGAUCCCAUGGAGGACAGGGGGAGAAGGGUUAACCUCCAGAAGUCAGUUGACAGCCCCCAAGCAGGGUGCAGUAGGAAAGGGUAGGGGUCUGGAGUUCUGCCUUUCCUGGUUCCUGUACCUGGCCACCCUGGUGCUGUUGGUGAUUUUCCUAGGCAUCCUCUGGGUGAAGAUGAUCAGGCCAGGCUGGUCUCUGGGGGCAGAGGAGAACCUUAAACUGUUAACUGUGGAUUGUGAGACAAGGACAGAUGAUUUCUGUCAAGCUAAACAGAAGGACAUUUUAAUGGCCAUGCUGUAUGAAUUGUAUAACUACCUGGCAAUACAAGCUGGUAGUUUUGAGUGUGGAAACCCUGAGAAGCUAAAAAGUAAAUGCAUUCUGGUUAGUGAAGCAAAGGAUUAUGUGGCGAAUGUAACUGGCAGUUCCCCAGAGAAGUUUGAAGAUGCCCUACAAUGGAUACUGAACAGUAACAAUGAUUUAGGGAUAUGGUUAAAAGGGGAAGACCCAUCAGAACCGGUUACCAGUGUAGACCAGGUGGUGUGCCUCGAAUCCACCCGUCCUCGGAUGGGGUUAGGCUGUCGUUUCCGCCGGGCAAUAAGCAUCGCCAUUAUGAACCUUUUCAUCUUCUUCUGGAGUCUAAUUGCCCUCUGGGGGAUCCUGUUACUCCUGAAGUAUCACUGGCGGAAGAUGGCAGAAGAGGAGCAGGCCAUGUAUGAAAUGGUGAAGAAAAUCAUAGUUGCUGUCCAGGAUCACUACAAAGAGUGGGAACAGAGGUUGGAGCGAUACCCAUAUGUAGGCAUCCUUCACGUUCGCGAUACCCUCAUCCCACCCCAAAGCAGGAAAAAAAUGAAGCGGGUCUGGAACAGAGCUGUGGACUUCCUGGCUUCAAAUGAAUCACGGAUUCAGACGGAGUCACACAGGAUAGCAGGAGAGGAUAUGCUGGUGUGGAGAUGGACACAGCCCUCUUACGUCUCCGAUUCAGAGCACUAAUCCAGAGCAAAGGAAGAGCCAUUGGUUCAGUCUGUGCAAAUGGACAAUUCCCUCUCUGGAGGUGGGAAGUGAUGGUCAGGAUUUCUAACUUUCUCGGUUUAGAAUCACCCCGACCCCCUUACCCUCUAUUUCUGAAAGACACUUAACAGAUUAUUUUUAGGACAAUAAUCUUGGCUUGUAAGAAGAUGUACUUGAGCUAGAGAAGGAGCCAGAAGCACCCCAAAGCUAGCUGUUCAGUGAAUGUUUGAGCUCCAUGAGUAAACAAACAUAUAAUCGCCCUUUAAUAUCUAAUAGGAAGGCGCAAGGGAUCUCUUUGCCCAAGGGGUAGGAGGUUUAAAGCUGAUCUUUACAGUGGGAAGACCAACAAGUGGUUUUACCUGUCAGAAAAUGUUUUUUAAAAGAAUUAAUAUUUCCCAUGGAAACAUCAGGAAUGGGAGUUAGGAUCCAGAAGUUUAAAAAAUGCUUUCAUCUCCCUAGCACGCCAGGAAUGAAGCAUUUAACUGACACUUAACAGAGAAGAGCUCUGUAUUUGUUUUGCCUUUACAAAUGAUGGGUGGGAUUGAGUGACGGCAGUGUCAUGUGCCUUGAGAGAUUUGGGGGGCUGGAGGAGAGGUGGUGGUCUCCUAUGCUUUGUGUGUUGGCUUUCCUUGUGCUUUGUCUUGUACCAGGAAUGGGGGAACAGGUGGCAAAUGACAGAACACAGGUGUACAUAAGGAGCAUGCUCUUUUGGCUGCAGCCAAAAAUGAUCACUCUGUAUGUACAAAAAAAAACCCCUUGGGAAUGAACAUCCAGGGUUAAUGUACAUGUAUAUACUGGGCAGCUGCAAUGUGUGUGAAUUCUUUUGGAGAGCAGAUACACAAUGCUUACAGUGUUGAUGCAGGGUUUGUUUGCAGAAGUUAAUGUGGCAAUGCCACAACACUUAAUGAGCAGAGAUCAAUUCUUCAUUAACACUGCAGGCAUUGUAGUUUGUAUAUACAGCUGUUUGGCUACAUAUGUUUGGUUUUAUGUACAAUUAAGAAGUGUUUGUUUUUGAGGAGAAAAUAGCACCGGAGUUUAGUGGCCUAGGCAGGGAUGAGAUACCGUUGUUCUCAGGGUUCCCAACAUCAUAAACUUGUUAUCCCAAUCUCCACUAAGACAGCCGGGACCACAUCCAUUUCUGCCAUAACUCCGUUGGCUUCACCCCCUUAUGCCAGCAGUGAUUUGACCCCUUAUAACCAGUGGAUUUGAUUUCCAUUAGUGUCAUAAAUAUAAUAUGCAUGUGCCCAUGUUCAUGGAGAGCUGCUGCUUCAAGAUUUGGGAUCAGCAGGCAAGCUUGACAAGGCCAUUGAAUCCUGUCCAUGGAACUGCGUUGAGAAGUAAUUUUAUAAAGUACCCAGGAAGGGUUGAACUGGUUCCUUAAUGUAUGGAAGUGUGUUCUAACCAUGAAGCUUGCACUUCUGCUUCCCCUGCUGGCCACGCUGAAGAUUGAAGGCUUACUGGGGCUUUUUCACCUAUGCAUUCUGCUGACUGUCUCGGUUUCAUUAUAUAUCUUGCUGGCUUGUCAGAGAAACUCAGUAGAGAAAAGCAAUAUCCAGAAACAAAGCAACGGGAGGCCUUAUUAGUUAAGUAGGAGAAAUCCCAUGCUGAGUUGAAUUUUAUCCCCGUAUGUUCCCUUUUAUGGCAUAGGCAAGGUGUUUGAACAAAAGAGGAAACUCAACAGCUGUGUCCAAGACAUUAACCAUCAAUCCCCCUUAUUGAUUAAAACAAUUGAUAAAACAAAGGCAGCCUUUAUUCUUUUAAUGUGCUAGGACAAGAUCUUCAUAUCCAUUGGUGCUUGCGAAAACUCCCAUUGUGCCUGCUGUCUUUUUAAAAUAUAUAUGGUUUGUAAUUUUUUUUAAACCACCGGAUCUAGAGCAAAAAAGGCCAACACCGCACUAAUCUUUUGUACUGUUGAUGAAAUUCUUUUUUUGUAGGAUGAAUCUCACUAAGUUGGUGCUAUUUAUUACACAUUUAACUUGUGUCUAUACAUUUAAUUUGCGGAAUAAAUUUGUUAAUAUUAUA